UUCUAUUCGUCACAUAUCAGCCAGCCUUUGCACUUGACCAAAUAUAAACGACGUUUCUUGGCUCAUGUACAGGUAGGGAGGAGUCAGACACACAAGUUCAGUUUAGGACAGACUGAAGGGCAAAUAAGCAGGAACUAGAAGCAAAGAUAACUAAUUCACCAGGAAAAUAAGAAGAUAAUAAAUUAAAUUGAAUACUGCCUGCCUGAAGAACAAUGUCUGUGUCUCCAGCUGCCUUGGUCGCUCGACGGGCGCUUGCUGCUGCGUCACAAUCCAGCCAUGAAGGAGGAGGGAGGACCUGGAAGAUUCUGAGCUUUGUUUUGGCUCUUCCUGGUGUUGCUGUCUGCAUGGCCAACUGCUACAUGAAGAUGCAGUCACACUCACACGAGCAGCCAGAAUUUGUGGCAUAUCCUCACCUGCGUCUCCGCACUAAGAGAUUUCCCUGGGGCGAUGGCAACCAUUCCCUGUUCCAUAACGCACACACCAAUCCUCUGCCUGAUGGAUACGAGACUUCCCAUCACUGAAAGCAUCAGUCACAUUUCUCAGAUUUGCUGAGCUCCUUAUUAAAACUCGAGUCUGUUGUG